AUGGGCAAUGGAGGGGCAGCAGAUCUGUUCAAAUCAGCCACUUUAGUGAAAAUCUCAGGAUUUAUACUUGUAUCAGUGGUAUUCUUCUUCCUGGGCAAGCAUUUUUCCGAUGGCUCUUCACAGCAACUCGUAUAUUUCUCCUCCCACCAAAACCCAGAUCACGAUGAAAUUACUGGGCCACCGUCCUCGGUUGCAUUCUCCCCGAAUCACAAUAAAUUCUUCAAUAUCACUUCCCUUAUAAAUGACACCUCUUCAGCCCAAACGAAUGAAAACAAAGAACAGGAAAGCACAGAAUCAGUUUCACCACCACCGCCGGCUCCUGCGGUGAAAACGAUGGGGGUGGUGGAUGAGAAUGGGGUGAUGGCGGAGGAUUUUGAGGUGGGGGAGUUUGAUACGGUGGUGGUGGAGAAUUGGGGGAAGGCAAAUGAUACGGCGGAUUUGGAGAGUGAUGGCAAAGGGGGUAAGGUUAGAGUUAGGGUUAACAAGUUUCCAUUGUGCCCAGAGAGUAUGAGGGAGUACAUUCCCUGUUUGGACAACAAGGAUGCAAUUAAGAAGUUGAAAUCUACAGAGAAAGGGGAAAAAUUUGAGCGGCAUUGUCCUGAAAAGGGCAAGGAAUUGAAUUGCUUGGUCCCUUCUCCGAAAGGAUAUCAAACGCCCAUUCCAUGGCCACAAAGCCGCGAUGAGGUUUGGUUUAGCAACGUUCCUCAUGCACGUUUAGCCGAGGAUAAAGGGGGUCAAAAUUGGAUCAUCAUAGACAAGGACAAGUUCAAGUUUCCUGGAGGUGGCACACAAUUUAUACAUGGGGCAGAUCAGUAUCUGGAUCAGAUUGAGAAGAUGAUCCCUGAAAUUGCAUUUGGCCACCAUACCCGAGUAGCUUUGGAUGUUGGUUGUGGUGUAGCAAGUUUUGGUGCAUAUCUAUUGUCGCGUAAUGUUACCACCUUAUCUGUAGCUCCAAAAGACGUUCAUGAGAACCAAAUUCAAUUUGCACUUGAGCGUGGUGUGCCUGCAAUGGUGGCGGCUUUUGUAACACGACGAUUAUUGUAUCCAAGUCAAGCAUUUGACUUCAUACAUUGUUCAAGAUGUAGAAUCAAUUGGACUCGAGAUGAUGGGAUCUUGCUACUUGAGGUCAAUAGGCUUCUCCGUGCUGGGGGAUAUUUUGCUUGGGCGGCGCAGCCUGUUUAUAAGCAUGAAGCAAUUCUCAAAGAGCAAUGGGAAGAAAUGGUCAACCUUACCAGUCGUCUUUGUUGGAAGCUUGUUAAGAAGGAGGGAUACAUUGCUAUAUGGCAGAAGCCCUUAAACAACAGCUGCUAUUUAAGCCGCAAGGAAGGAACCAAACCACAGUUGUGUGAUCCAGAUGACGAUCCAGACAGUGUUUGGUAUGUUGAUUUAAAGGCCUGUAUAACACGAUUGCCUGAGGAAGGAUAUGGCUCGAAUAUUACCACCUGGCCUGCAAGGUUGCAUAAUCCUCCAGAUAGGCUCCAGAGCGUACAGGUUGAUGCUUACAUGUCAAGGAACGAGCUUUUCAGGGCAGAAUCAAGAUAUUGGAAUGAAAUAAUUGAAAGCUAUGUACGAGUGUUACAUUGGAAGAAGUUCAAACUUAGAAAUGUGUUGGAUAUGAGAGCUGGCUUUGGAGGAUUUGCAGCAGCACUGAUUGAAAAUCAAUUGGAUUGCUGGGUUCUCAACGUUGUCCCUGUUAGUGGACCCAAUACAUUGCCUGUCAUAUAUGACCGUGGUCUUAUUGGAGUUAUACAUGACUGGUGUGAACCGUUUGACACAUACCCAAGAACCUAUGACCUUCUGCACGCCGCUGGCCUGUUCUCCAUUGAACAAAAAAGAUGCAAUAUCUCAAACAUCAUGCUUGAAAUGGAUCGGAUUUUAAGGCCUGGUGGACACGUAUACAUUCGUGAUUCUCUUGCUGUUAUGGAUGAACUUGAAGAGAUUGCGACAGCCAUGGGUUGGCAUGUAUCAAUUCGAGACACAUCUGAGGGCCCUCAUGCCAGUUAUAGGAUAUUGACAGGUGAUAAACGCCUCCUACAAGCAUGA